UUGUCGAAUUUACCACCUCCAAAAAAAAAACAUUUACUUUACCACCUCAUAAAAAAAUUAAACAUCAGUUUUACCACCUCAUCUGAGCUCAGGUGACGGAAAACGCUUGUGGGGCCCAGUUAACUGUCACUUCCCUCCAAUUUAAUUCUUUUAAAAUCGAUUUCCUCUGUCUCCUCCUUUUCUCACCUUCCACCUUCCAUAAUCAAUGUCUCACCAAAUUUCUCACUUCCUCAUCAAUUUUCGUCUCUCUUUCCUUUGAUUUUUCUUGAUUCUCACUGUAACUGCUUCUCUCUCCUUUGAAUUUUCUCUUUCUCUCUGUAAAAACUGAAACCCUAGAUCAAUUUGGGUGGUUGAAAUCGAGCUGGAACCACAAAAUUGCAACACAUCAGCUUCUCUUGUCAUCUUCCACAGGGUGAGGGGACCAAAAGCUUGGUAAUUUGCUGACAGAAAUCGAGAUUCCUGACUACAAGAGAAUGGACACAGUGGACUUAAAAAUUACAGUAGGGGGUGCCUUUAUACCUUCUUUAGCUGGUAAAAAUAGGAGGGUGUUAACUUGGGAUGGUGGGUGGGUUUAUUGGAUGAGAAAGGUGGAAAAAAAUAAGAUAGAUGUACACUUUUUGAGGCAAGCAGCUAUACAUGGGUUUGUGUAUGUGAAUGUGAAGGUUCCUAGGGGGUUUAGUUGCUGGUAUAAACAAAAGGGCAAGUCUUGGGUGAAUGGUAAAAGGGAUCUUGUUGAUGGUGAGGUGAAUGGUUUCCUAGAGUCGGUGAACAAAGAGGGGGCAUGUGAGAUGUAUGUUACCAGUCAUGAGCCAAUUGAAGGGACUAACAAAACACCCUUCAAAUGUAUAUUUGGGAAUGAGCUAACCCCUGCACAAAGGAAGGAACUAAAAAAGAGGUUUGGUGGGCCUAAAGUAUACAAACCCAGCCUAGAACUUAGUAAGCCCACUGAAGAAGAGCCAUUUAGGAGAAGCCCUAGGUUAAAAGGCAUUGUUAUACAUGACAGAGAGGCUGAGGAGAGGCUUCCUAGGGCAGAGAAAGUGAAUGCUAAUACACAUAAAGGGAAGGGUAAACUCACUGCUGCAGAUAAGGGUAAGGCUAAGGUUGGGGAUGAGACUGGAAAUUUUGCUAAGUUAGUGAGAAAAAUAAAAGAAAGAGUGAGGAGCUUAAGGGAUGACAGUGAUGUGUUUAGUGAUGAGGAUGGUGAUACAAAGUCUUCUGAUUCUGAUUUGAGUGAUUUUGAGUUAGAAGUUGAUGAGGGAGAGGAGGACUUAUACUCUGAUGAUGAUGAACAGUGGUUGAAGAAAAAUGUAGACCAUAUUAACAGUGAGGUGAAAGGCAGUUUGAGGGGAGUUACUGAAGGAGGGGAUCAAAGUGAUGAUGAGGACACAGGGUUUGACAUAGAAAGAAAUCUAUAGAACAUUGAAGUGAGGGUUGAAGAGGAGGCAACUUGUGAUUCUGAUGAGCUAAAGAGUGUGGAAGGUGAUUCAGAUGAUGAUCAGGGUAGUGUUACUUGGUUUAACCCUGAGACAGACUUUGAAAGGGCUAUCAAAUUUGUAGUUGGUCAAAGGUUCAGUGAUGUGCAAACAAUGAGAAAAGCUUUGAGACAACAUGCAAUUGAAAAUAGGUAUGAGUAUUACCUUCUUCACAAUGAUUCAAAGAGGCUAACAACAUAUUGCAAAAGGAAAUGCAAGUGUGUGUAUAACAAGAACAGUUGUAGGAUAGUGAAGUGUACAUGUAGUAAGGGUGUUAGGUGUAGGUUCAAGUUUUAUGCAACAAGGCUUGUGAAAUCAGAGGCUUGGCAAAUUAAGACACUAAGGCUGAAGCAUAGGUGUGUUAGGAGUAAAAUGAACAACAAGGUGACAGCAGAGUUCCUUGCUGACAGGUACUUGGAGGAGUUCAGGGGCAACCCCAGAUGGAAGAUUAAACAGAUUCAGGACAGGGCCUUGAAUGACUUGGGGAUCAAAAUUACAUACUCCAAGGCUUGGUUGGCUAGAAGCAGGGCAAAGCUUAUAAUAUAUGGCUCUUCAUCAGAGCAAUACUCAAAGGUUUGGGACUAUGGGAAGGCACUGCUGAAAUGGAACCCAGGGAGUGAGUGUAAUGUGGUGGUGGAUGAUAUUAAUCAAAUUGAAAGACCAAUUUUUAUGAGGAUGUUUGUGUGCUUAGCUGCACUUAGGGAUGGAUUCAUUUCUGGUUGCAGACCAGUAAUUGGGGUGGAUGGGUGCCAUCUAAAAGGGGCAUACCCUGGGCAGAUCUUGGUUGCAGUUGGAAAAGAUGGCAAUAAUUCCAUCUUCCCAAUUGCUUGGGCAACUGCAGAGAUUGAGAACAAGGACAGCUAGUGCUGGUUUCUGGAGAGCUUGCUCAAGGCACUUUGUGUGUAUGACCAAGGAGAUGGCUUGACUUUUAUGUCUGACAGACAGAAAGGUCUCAUAGAAGCAUUUGCAGAUGUGGCCCCCAAAGCUGAGCUCAGAUUUUGUGUGAGGCAUAUUUGGUCAAAUUUCAAACUGAAAUUUCAUGGUGCAACUUUCAAGGAAUUGUUCUGGGCUGCUGCUAGGGCAAGCACUCUGGUAAGCUUCUAUUUAGGUUCUUUUAUGUCAGUUUUAUGGUGAACUAUAAUGUAUGCUAGGAACAUUUAGUUUUGCACAUAUUUACAUGUCUUUCUAUUUUGUGAAAACUGUAUGCCAUGUGUCUAUGUUGUGUUGAAUGGUUGUCAUGUGUGUGGUUGUAUCAGUUUGAGUUUGAAGUUGCUAUGUAAAGUAUCAAUUUUUUGGAUGAAGAAGCAUACCAGUGGUUGUCAAACAUUGACCCCCAGCACUGGUCAAGGCAUGCUUUCUCUACAA